UGCUCGGCCUCCUGCUCGUGCUCAGUGCUCAUCAUUUUUGUGUUAGCCAUUUCCACUCUUUUCAACAACAUCCCGGCACAAUAACGUCGACACCCGGCGAUCUACGAUGGCCCAGGCGGCGCAGACCAGUGCAGUAGACGCGAAUAACUCCCAGAUCCAUGUAGAGCACGAUAAAAAACGGCGACAGUUUGUAAUAAGACUGAACGGAUCUCAUGAUCGAGCAGUUCUCCUGUAUGAGUAUGUUGGGAAGAAAACGGUUGACUUGCAACACACUGAAGUCCCAGAUGCUUAUCGGGGAAGAGGAAUCGCAAAACAAUUAGCUAAGGCAGCUAUGGAUUUUGUCGUGGAGGAGGAUCUAAAAGCCCACUUGACGUGCUGGUACAUUCAGAAGUAUGUGAAGGAAAACCCACAGCCUCAGUACUUUGAACACAUUUACCAAUGAUGCUUGGAUGUGAGAGACACACAGGGACUCCAAGGAAAGAAACUGCCUCACAUGCUUUGGAGUGACAGCAAAAGCUCGUCAAGGCUGUGAUUACAAGACAUUGGGUUUAUCCUGAGACGUGUUCUCAUGGUGAAUCUUCUGUGAUAUGAGUGCAGGGUCAAAUGGUCUGUAUGCCAGUACAGAUAAAUACACACCAUGAUGCCGCAAGUUCAGUUGGAAGCAUGGGAAGGUUAAACCAAUGCAAGCUCAGGCAAGAAAGAAAGAAAAGACAAAAGAUUAUCACUGGUUUGGUAGUCCACAGUCGUUCAGGGAUAAACAGUGGUCUAUUCACUGAAAGCUAAAUGGCAUCUAUACUUUUCUACAUCAAAUAAAUUACCAGAAAAUUACCCAUAAGCUAAUUGUAUAAGUUGGGAUAUGUGUUUGCAAGAUUAAAAUAUGUUUUUAAUUAAUUUUAAUUAAGCUAUAGCAAAUGUAACAACAUUUUUAUCCUAUGAAGUCAUGGAAUAUUAUUCAAACUCACAAACUCAUUCUUGAGAACUCAAGUUUCUCUAACCAAAGAGCAUAACUGACAUGAGUAGUAUGCAGAUACCGCUGUCUAUCAUCACACAUCUUCACCUCUGUAAGAUUAGGGCUCAUAUAGUCAGGAGACAAUCAUUUGAUCUCAAACCAGCUUUUCUGGCACUACAUUCUUCUGUAUAUCUUUUAGGAGGUUAGUGAUUGCUGCAAAUGGUCACCGCAGAAACACUGUUCAAUUUGUCCCUUUAUGUGGCUCUUUUCUGCUAUUGACAAUCUCUGAGUUGAAGAGAAGACCUCAGGUCAGUCCACUCUCGGAAGUGGAGAAAAAAUUUACUUUUAGGGGUGUACCCAUGUCUGUCUUUUUUAUUUUCUCCAUACAAUGUUUGUGCUUGAGACCACACUUUUUGUUGUUAAUAAACAAAAUAUAUUCAAAGUUUCUGAGUUUAUUUGGUAAAACGUGUCAACUUGAUUUAAUUAAUAAAAGGUGACUUCUAGCGCCACCAGCUGGCGAUUAGACGAA